CGCCCGCGGUCCACAGCGCGCGGAGACGGUGGUGGGCGUCCGCGGCCUGUCGCCGGGUCGCCGCCCGCCCCCGUCCCCCCUCCCGGAGCCCGCGGCGAGGCCGCGUUCCUCCAGCGCGCGGCGCUGCGCUCGCUCUGAUCCCGAGCCGCGUCGCUCCGCGCGCUGACAGCCGGGCUCAGCCAGUCGGCUGGAAUUGAGUAGCAUUCAUUGAAUCUGCGGGUUUCAUGACGUCUCCCUGCGUGGCCCAUCACUUUUCUCCUAACCGAGGAUAUUUUUUUUUUCCUGCCACUCUUGCCUUUUCCCCCUUCUUUCCAGCCGGUCGCCCUGCCGGUCCUACCCAAGCGCGCACCCCUCCGCCCUCGUCUGGCCCCGGCGCCCAGCCCUCUGUCCGCUCUCGGCCACAGGGAGCCAGUCCGAAGACGGCCGCACCUGGCUGGAGAGGCUGGGCGGGCGGAGGGGGCGGGAUCCGCGGGAACCGGGCAGCUGGACCCAGAGCUGGAUGGACAGCGAGGAGCAGAAUGGAGCCUCCUAACAGCCUCUCGCGGCUAAUGUGAAAUCUGACCGUCUGAUUCCAAUUUUUCUUUUUCUUUUCUUUUUGUAUUUCCGUCCCUUGCCAUCCGUCGUGUAGUGAAUUAUUAAGCCGUGCUCCGGUCCAAGACAGGAGAUCAUGAUUGAGUGAAACACCGGUCCGCAGCAAGGGGAAGCACAAAGAAGAAGCUACAACAAUGGCCAAGUUGACGGAAUCCAUGACUAACGUCCUGGAGGGUGACUCCAUGGAUCAGGAUGUGGAGAGCCCUGUGGCCAUUCACCAGCCAAAGUUGCCUAAGCAAGCCAGGGACGACCUGCCAAGACACAUCAGCCGAGACCGGACCAAAAGGAAAAUCCAGAGAUACGUGAGGAAAGAUGGGAAGUGCAAUGUCCAUCAUGGCAACGUGAGGGAGACCUACCGCUACCUGACCGACAUCUUCACCACCCUAGUGGACCUAAAGUGGAGAUUCAACCUGCUGAUCUUCGUUAUGGUUUACACAGUGACAUGGCUCUUUUUUGGAAUGAUUUGGUGGUUAAUUGCGUACAUCCGAGGAGACAUGGACCACAUAGAGGACCCCUCAUGGACUCCCUGUGUUACCAAUCUCAAUGGGUUCGUUUCUGCUUUUUUAUUCUCAAUAGAGACAGAAACCACCAUCGGUUAUGGAUACCGGGUCAUCACAGACAAGUGCCCGGAGGGAAUUAUUCUCCUCUUAAUCCAAUCUGUGUUGGGAUCCAUUGUCAAUGCAUUCAUGGUGGGAUGCAUGUUUGUAAAAAUAUCUCAACCUAAGAAGAGGGCAGAGACCCUGGUCUUUUCCACCCAUGCAGUGAUCUCCAUGCGGGAUGGGAAACUGUGCCUGAUGUUCCGGGUGGGGGACCUUAGGAAUUCCCACAUCGUGGAGGCUUCCAUCAGAGCCAAGCUAAUCAAAUCCAAACAGACUUCAGAGGGGGAGUUCAUCCCCCUGAACCAAACAGAUAUCAACGUAGGGUAUUACACGGGGGAUGACCGUCUGUUUCUGGUAUCACCGCUGAUUAUUAGCCAUGAAAUUAACCAACAGAGUCCUUUCUGGGAGAUCUCCAAGGCCCAGCUGCCCAAGGAGGAACUGGAAAUUGUGGUCAUCCUAGAAGGAAUGGUGGAAGCCACAGGAAUGACAUGCCAAGCUCGAAGUUCCUACAUCACCAGUGAGAUCCUGUGGGGUUACCGGUUCACACCCGUCCUGACACUGGAGGAUGGGUUCUAUGAAGUUGACUACAACAGCUUCCAUGAGACCUAUGAGACCAGCACCCCGUCCCUUAGUGCCAAAGAGCUGGCCGAGUUAGCCAGCAGGGCAGAGCUGCCCCUGAGUUGGUCUGUAUCCAGCAAACUCAACCAACAUGCAGAACUGGAGACCGAAGAGGAAGAAAAGAGCCCUGAAGAGCAAACGGAAAGGAAUGGUGAUGUGGCAAACCUGGAGAACGAAUCCAAAGUUUAGUGCCCUGGCUGGGCAACCCUCCCUCCUUUCCCCGACACAAUCUUUUCUUGUCUCUCAUUCUCUUUCUUUUCUGUCUCUUACUUUGUUCUUUAUUUAUUUAUAUUUAAUUUUGACAUUACCAGGAAAAAAAAUCUUCAGGGUGUAAAAUAUCUACCUGCCCUUUCUCAGCUAUUUAGAUUGACAAGGUAGACAGGGAUUUGGUGAAGGUGCAAAUGUCCCCUCCUAUCUGGCCCAAGUCUGGUCUCCUCCCCCCCAAAACAAUGCCACCCAUCCACCUCCUGGAGAUGUAAGCUACUUACCUGCAUGUGUUGUACACUACCAGAUCACUGAAAAUAGUGUGCCCAAGAUGUUACCUGGGAUGUGACAAGUAAGGUCUCCAGUGCCUAUUUAUUCACGCAGUGAGACACAAAACGUAGCCCUCAAUUUUAUAGGCCCCAAACCAUUUCAUCUGCUACAGGGCAAGGUGCUUGCCCCACCCGGGCAUUGCAGUUAUAGGACCCAGGUAAGCUCAAGACAAACCACUGUACAUAAAUAUGCCUUAUGUAAUUAUUUUCUUUUUGCAGUUCGUAAUACAACCCAGCAUGUACAAAAGUAUCAUAGAACAGAACUUCUAAAUAGUGUACAUAGAUGUAUCAUUAAUGUAGGUUUAGAUAUAUAACUUUAGAAAUAAGAAGCAAAAACAAAAACAAAAAAAAAAAAUGAUUCCUAACAUACAGUAGUCAUUUCUGUUCUGAUGUCUGAGUUCUCCUGAUUAUUUUGAUCCUGUCGACAGCUGGCCCUUCAGUGCAUGGCCUUCAUUGUGCACCAGACUGGCGGCUGGUAGGGCACCUCACUGCUCCCUCUCUGAGCCUCUCAUUGAGUCCAGUAAGCCACAGGUCUGAGGGAAAUUGCAAGGUCCAGUAUGUGGCAAAACCUACAGCUCGUAUGCUGAUAUACUGUGAAAUGUUUACAAAACAGAUGUCUCUUUUUUUUAACGAUAACCAGGGCCUCACUGACUAGCCCGGGGGAGAAUAUCGGGAAGGGGACAUUCUCUAGCAUGUCACCAAUGACAUGAUGUUACUUUUCACAUGCACUUUGACCCUAAACGAUAGUUUAGAAAACUUUUCUUUUGCAAAGCCACUGUUUCUCCAGCUGUUGCACUCUGUGAUCAUGAGAAAUUAAAGACUGUUAAAAUCAGACACCGUAAAAUUAGCAGAAGAUGGUUUGGGCCCAAAGCUGUGAAAUUCACAAAGGCAUGUAGUGGGGCAUAAUCAUUGACUCUCACACUUCAGCUCCAUCUGAGGGUAAUAUCUUGCCUCUCCCUGGGGGCUUCUGCAUUUACUGCACCAGGAUCUUUUACUAUCAUUCUUUUGUUAUUUUGAAAUGACCAGAGUUUGACUCUCAAAGAUUAGAUCAGCAAUCUUGGUGACCCUCUAAGAAAUGUCUCUAGAGCAUGCCACAGGUUAAAAAUCAAAUCCAAAGUGUUUCUCAAUCAAAAGGAAACAAAUGAAAAACUAUAGCCUUAACUCUUUUAAUCUUCAAAGAGGAAGGAAAGAAGAAAGAAAGAAAGAAAGAAGGGAGGGAGGGAAGGAGGGAGGGAGAGAAGGAAGGGAAAGGGAAGGAGGGAGGGAGAGAAGGAAGGAAGGAAAGUUUGUAAUGAAAAUCUAAAUUUCAAAACAGAAAAAAAAAGGAACAGUCUUAGACAAAAACCUCAGGGGCAGGUGGAGAUUUUGCACUGUAACAGAUCUUUCACAUUAAUUUCGCAUUUAUAAACUGUUUGCUCUUUAACACAGUUGCCCAUCAUAAAUAUUCAUUGAAUGGAUCCAAGUUUAUUUUCAGCUCCUACAGCUGUGCUCAGUUUGAGGCUCUGCACCACAGAGGUCAAAGAGAUCAAACUAGCCGUCCCUGUUUGUCCCCCUUGCUUUCCCUGACCAGACUGCACAAGCUUUUGCUGUAGUUUGGGGACCCUGUCAACUAAAAAAAGGAUGUCCCAGAGAGAAGGAAAGCAGCUCCUAAAUUUAAUAUUGGGGUCUCUCUUCCCUGACUUCGGAGACCGAACACCAGGACAACUGCCAUUUGGCACUGACUUUGUAGAAAACAAAACUGGUGGCCAAGGCCCUUUCCUGUUUGCCGGCAUUUCAUUUAUUUUUUUCCCCAUUGAAACCCUGCUAUAUCCUUUAUUUAUUCUACACACACUAAGACAGAGGUGGUGGUCGAGAAGGAGGGAGCCUGAUACGCUUCCCCUGAGUCUUCGGGGAGGGACCAUGGGCUGACCUGGCUGGGGCCUCCUGCAGGGCGCUGUUGGUUUGGGGUGCUAACCCUGCAGUAUCACCAGGGUUGCAGGGCAGGGCCUGGUGGCACAAAGCAAAUUCCAGCACGGGCUGCAAAAUGUCUGUGAAUUUAGCUCUUGAAGACUCACUAGGCCUUUUUAAAAUCCAUCACUGAGGUUUAAAGGACGACAUACAACCCCGUGGUCGGGCUGGAAGAGCAGCUUGGGGCCCGACUACUUCUUGCCCGUCCUUUAGCACAACUGAACACAGAGCCUUGACAACACCCUGGCCACGCGCACAGGCCGGUUCUGUGUCUGUGACAGGGCACACAGAUGUGAGGUCUCCUCCUGUGUCUCCCGGUCUUUGGUGUCAAUGUAGUCGGAGGCAGAACUUGAACCAAAUCUCACUUUUGUAACGUGAGCCUCUGAAUCUUUAAACGAGGACGCUUCUGAAGACCCUUUUACUAGAAUGUCCCUAUCAAACAUGUCUAUUUUUCUACAGUUAUUGAUAACACAGUUUAACAGUGUAUUUUGUGUCAACUGUUAAAAUUUGGAACUGAAAGAGGUUCAUUGAGACUGAAUUUUCUAAGCAGCAUGUAGUGAACGGUGUUUUACAUGAAGACAGUUCAACAGAAUUGACCACACACUUUCUAUUCAUUCUAUUCCACAAAAUCCUGUCCUCAUUCACUGUCACUCCAUUAGCCAGUCAAGUGCUAUGAAAAUGUCUAUUUUAAUGCAACUAGAUAUCCAUAGCUAAUGAAGAUCACUCUCAGCUCAAUAUUCUGUUUGGUUGAUGUAUUGAAGCCGCUUUUCCACCAAGCAUAGUAAGAUCCAUGAGCCAGAUAAGAACUUUGAACUAAAGAGUUGCCAUUUGCCACAGUCAAGCCCCAUCUGACAGAGCAAAGUGCUCCUAGAGAAAAGGGCAGGUUUGGCCAGAAGCAUGACAUCCCCAAGGGCUUCCCGGUCCCUUGGAUUUGUACUUUCAUCCACCCCAGCGUGCCCUCCAACCGGAAAAGCACCUAUUCACUUAUAAACCAACUUCAUGCCACUAAUAAAAUUGCUUCUGUUCUGGCUGUCCCCUGGGUAAGCUAUACUGUUUUUGCAUUAACGCAUUUGCAAGCCCUGUAAUGUCAGCUCAUUGCUUUUGCAGUCCUUCUAAACCUGGAGUGCCAACGUACAGCCCCUCUAUGCCCACAGACAAUGCUCUCUUUCUCUGAUGCCUUCCUUCUGCUCCUUCCCUGGUCUCCAGUGAGCUAACUCCAUUGUGUUCCUUCAGUGUUUUACUUUCCCUAACAGAAAUCCAGCUACUGUUUGUAAAAACAUCAACCCAUUUCUUAAGCACAAUUUUCUCUUGCAUGUGUAACCAAACUAGGGCUCUGAAAUGUCUAUUUUUAUCAUCAUCUAACUCGAAAAUUACUUAUGACUUCAUUUCAAAGCCUAGAUUUCGAAUUCUCCCGAGUAAGAUUCUUAGGUUUUCUCUCCCUAUGUUUUCUUACAUUUCAGGUUUCUUACUGUCCCCCAACCUUUGCUUUUUUAUUUAGACUUAAGCCAGUAUCUUUAGGAUAUUUAGAAACUGUUUACAAAGAUAAGAGCUGGUGGACAGAGACAGGAGACAUACAAAUGCCGUUAGAAAACUACCUGAACUCACCAGAAGAAUGUGAAACCAUUUGAUUAGAUGCGAGAACACAAUUAAAAUAGUCAUAGUAAGUCACUUCUAAAACCUCUGGCCAAUGGUCUCGGUCUUAUUCUGUCUUUCUGCCUUGACUUCGGUGAUACUCUGCAUGAUUCAGAGGGUUAGAACGGAAGUUGGAAAUUAAAUUUCCUACAUAAAUGGCAAACAUUAUCUGCUAUGAUGGUUUCUUUUCAACAGAUGGCUAUAAAGCUGGAACGCAGAGGUUACACACAUACAACAGACGAUUCAUUGAUA